AUGUCGCCGGCGCGGAGAGGCAGCACGGGCGCGCCGCGGCUGGUCCUCGCCAGCAGCGCAGCACUCGCGCUCGCGGCGUUCGCGGCGGUGCUCGCGUUCUCGGGCGACGUCGGCGGCGCGGAGGGUAGAGCAGGGCGGAGGCUGCAAGAGCACGGCGGAGACCACCCUCCAUGGUACUCGUUCUUAAUCAUACCGGCCAUUGCCGCCGUCGUGGGGUACCUCACCAACGUCGUGGCGCUCAAGAUGACGUUCUACCCGCUCGAGUACCAGCCCCGGUUCCUCAGCUUCGCUCAAAUUCCGACCCAGCCCAUGGGCUGGCUCCCAGGCUGGCAGGGGAUUAUUCCGGCCAAGGCGGGGAUCAUGGCGGGGAAGCUGUGCGAGCUCAUGACGACCGAGCUGAUCGACAUCAAGGAGGUGUUCUCCAAGAUGGACCCUGCGCAAAUGGCCAAGCUGAUGCACCCGGGCAUCGCCAAGUCCACGCAGGCCGCGGUCGAAAAGGUCGCGCUCCAGGAGUUCCCCGCGCUGUGGCACGCGCUGGACGCGGACGUGAAGGAGGAGAUUUACGACGUCGCGUCCGAGGACAACGAGAUCCUCAUCCGCAUGUUCAUGGAGGCGCUGCAGGACCGCAUCCUCGAGGUUUUCGACAUGAACCACCUCGUCGUCACCAUGGCCGAGGCCAACAAGGGCGUCAUGGUCAACAUCUUCCAGCGCGUGGGCAGCCACGAGCUGCGCAUCAUCGAACGCUCCGGCCUCUACUUCGGCUUCCUCUUCGGCAUCCUCCAGGCCGUCGUCUACUGGUAUGCGCAGGACUGGUGGAUUCUCCCGCUCUUCGGCUUCGCGGUGGGCUACGCCACGAACUACCUCGCGCUGCUCCUCAUCUUCCGCCCCCUUCACCCGAAGAAGUUCUGCGGCAUCACCAUCCACGGCGCCUUCCUACAGCGGCAGCAGGAGGUCUCCGUCGAGAUGGCCGACGCGUCCGCGAGCUUCUUCUUCAAGGCCGACCGCAUCUGGGGCGAGAUCCUCGGCGGCCGCCUCAAGCCCGAGCUCGACAAACUCGUCGCCGGCGUCGUAUACAAAUACAUCGACCAGGUCGCGCUCGCGGGCGCGAAGCCGCUCGCGCUGGUCGUGCUCGGCAACGAGCGCUUCGAGCGCAUCCGCGCCGCGGUCGCCGAGGCGGUCCUCGAGAGCAUGCCGGAGAAUGUGGUGUAUGCGUACGAGUACAUGGAGACCGCGAUGGACGUUGAGAGGACGAUGCGGGAGGCGCUGGCGAAGCUGCCGAGCAACGAGUUCGAGGGCGUGCUGCAUCCGGCGUUCCAGCAGGACGAGAUCAAGCUCAUCCUUGUGGGGGGGGUGUUGGGGAUGGCGGUGGGGUUUGUGCAGGCGUUCGCGGUGUUCUAG